AUGCCAGAGCACAACCAAGGGGAUGAGCAAGAGUGGGACUUCAACUUCGUGCCAGAUGAGGAAGAAGAAGAGGACGAGGAGGACGACACCUCCUUCAAUGCAGAGGGGGAAGAGGAGGACGACACCUCCUCCGACGAGCCGCCGGCGAAGCGAUUCCGCGGCUGGGCCUGGUCAGAUGAUGACGAAGAAGACGAUGAUGAGGAGGAAGAAGCCCCUGUUGAGGGUUAUGGCAGCAGCGACGAAGAGCUCGCCGAAAGCAGCGCCGAUGGCAGCUACGACGGUGACGACAAGGCCAAUGAUGGCCCUUAG